UACAAACGAGAUUUGUUGUUUAUAAUCCAAUUGGAAAUGUAUGGUCUGUCGAUCACUGCCAAGAGUCGUAGUUCAACAUCACUUCUCGGUUACCAUGACGACCGGAGACGAGCGCUUGCGUCCAAUGAUGAGCAGGAUGGUCGCGUGCGCUGCCACUAUUCUCCAGGUAUCUUCAGUUUGUUGAGCAUGGAAGUCGAGGAAAUUCACUCUAUCUAAGAUUAAUGCUUUGUCAGUCAUGAGAGAAACCAAGGUCGUCGUUUUGGGAGCGGGUGGAGUGGGAAAGACCUCUUUGGUUGUGCAAUUUCUUGAAGGUUUCUUCUCCUAUACUUACAAACCAACUGUUGAAGAUUGCUAUCGACAUACUAUCCAGAUGCCAGAUGGGGUCUUUCAUACUAUGGAAAUUUUGGAUACUGCAGGAUCACAUCAUUUCCCAGCUAUGAGAGAAUUAAGUAUUAGAUCAGGUAGAGGAUUUGUAAUAGUUUUUUCAGUCGAUGGCCUGCAGUCUUUUCACGAAGCUGUACAAUUGUACGAACUCGUCUCAAAAAUAAGAGGCACGCAAGUUCCUGUUAUUUUGGUCGGUAAUAAAAGCGAUUUAGUAGAAGAAAGAACGGUCACUCAAGAAAUGGUACAACAAAUAACAGAAAUGUUCCAGAACUGUCGCUAUAUAGAAACAAGUGCUAAAUACAACAUCAACGUCAACGAACUGUUUGUACAGCUACUGCAGCAGAUACAAGAACUGGAACAACCCCCAGCGCCCGAUUCUUCUAGAAGACCAUCAAAACAAUUAAGUCGACGUUUGAGUUCUUUAGCAGUAGCAAUCCGCAGAAAAUCCAGUAAUACAAAACUUCCACUUCCCACCACGCCCGAAAAUACACCCGAUAGCACUAGGUGUUUAAUUCUAUAAGAUUUUAUUUUCAUCACCACAUCAAAAAAUAAAUAAAUAAUCUUAUGUUGUUUCGAUGUGUGCCAUGCACGCGGUAAUUAUGUCGUAGAAGGAUAUUUUUGUAGUCACAUUAUGUGUCAUAUAACAAAUUCUUUGGUAUGUGAAAUUAUAUUUUAGUGAUCGAUCGCACGUAUAAAGU